GUUGUAGACCAAAUGGGGUUUUGAAGGUGAAAUCGAAGCAGUGAGAUCAGCGAAGAAGAGAGCAGAGAAAUCCAUCGGAGAAAGAGAGAGCGAUGGCAUCAGGGUGGGGAAUCACAGGAAACAAAGGUCGCUGCUACGAUUUCUGGAUCGACUUCAGCGAAUGCAUGUCUACUUGCAGAGAGCCCAAGGACUGUGCUCUCCUCCGUGAAGAUUACCUCGAGUGCCUCCACCAUUCCAAAGAGUUCCAACGAAGAAACCGUAUUUACAAGGAGGAGCAGCGCAAACUAAGAGCUGCCUCCAGAAAAGGUCAGGAUGAGGGGGUUGUUAGUGGACAUCAUUAGCACUCAAAAUAUGUUGUCAAUUUAAACUUUUGAACAGUUUUUUUUGACAAAACGUUUGUAAUUUCGCUUGGAUCGGCAUUCCUACAUGUUCUGAUAUUUUAUACUUUGACAUUGUGGGAUUCUUUUCCCUGUGCAAUAAUUCGGAUGCCAACUUUCGACUGCAAAAUAAUUAAUUAAACUAUGAGCUUGCUGAGUGAA